AUGGGCGCGCUGGCCCGGGCGCUGCUGCUGCCGCUGCUGGCCCAGUGGCUGCUGCGCGCGGCCCCGGCGCCGGCCCCCGCGCCCUUCACGCUGCCUCUCCGGGUGGCAUCGGCCAGCAGCCGCGGGGCGGCGCCCACCCCUGGGCCCGGACCCCCCGCCGAGCCCCGCGCGGACGGCCUGGCGCUCGCCCUGGAGCCCGCCGGGGGUGCAGCCAACUUCUUGGCCAUGGUGGAUAACCUGCAGGGGGACUCUGGCCGCGGCUACUACCUGGAGAUGCUGAUCGGGACGCCCCCGCAGAAGCUGCAGAUACUUGUUGACACUGGAAGCAGCAACUUCGCCGUGGCCGGGGCCCCACAUCCCUUCGUCGACUCAUACUUUGACACGGAGAGGUCCAGCACCUACCGCCCCAAGGGCUUUGACGUCACCGUGAAGUACACGCAAGGGAGCUGGACUGGCUUCGUUGGAGAGGACGUUGUCACCAUCCCAAAAGGCUUCAACAGUUCUUUUCUGGUCAACAUUGCCACCAUCUUUGAGUCAGAGAAUUUCUUUUUGCCUGGGAUUAAAUGGAAUGGGAUACUUGGACUGGCUUAUGCUACCCUGGCCAAGCCAUCAAGUUCUCUGGAGACAUUCUUUGAUUCCCUCGUGGCACAAGCAAAGAUCCCCAAUGUUUUCUCCAUGCAGAUGUGUGGGGCUGGAUUGCCAGUCGCUGGAUCUGGUACCAACGGAGGUAGUCUUGUCCUGGGUGGAAUUGAACCAACCUUGUACAAAGGAGACAUCUGGUAUACCCCUAUUAAGGAGGAGUGGUAUUAUCAGAUAGAAAUUCUGAAAUUGGAAAUCGGAGGCCAGAGCCUUAAUCUGGACUGCAGAGAGUAUAAUGCGGACAAGGCCAUCGUGGACAGCGGCACCACGCUGCUGCGCCUGCCCCAGAAGGUGUUUGAUGCCGUGAUCGAGGCAGUGGCCCGCACGUCUCUGAUUCCAGAAUUCUCUGAUGGUUUCUGGACGGGGUCCCAGCUGGCAUGCUGGACAAAUUCUGAAACACCUUGGUCUUAUUUCCCUAAAAUCUCCAUCUACCUGAGAGACGAGAACUCUAGCAGAUCAUUCCGCAUAACUAUCCUGCCUCAGCUUUACAUUCAGCCCAUGAUGGGGGCUGGCUUGAAUUAUGAAUGUUACCGAUUUGGCAUUUCACCUUCCACAAACGCGCUGGUGAUUGGUGCUACCGUGAUGGAGGGCUUCUAUGUGGUCUUUGACAGAGCUCGGAAGAGGGUGGGCUUCGCGGCCAGCCCCUGUGCAGGAAACCUCUCUUCUCCAGCCAGAUCCUGUGUUGAUCAAACACACCUUAGCUGUCAACACUGAUGACUGCGAUAACUGGAGAUCCGAUUCCUCUUCCUGAUCCUGUGGCCUGAACUUGAAUUACAGUUACUGCUAGGAGCCAAAAGCAUUGUUUUAUGGAAUAAAUGUCCAUAAAUACAAGCUUAUUAUCACUCCCAGUUGAAUCCAGUUCGAGGCCCUUGAAGAUCAGGCCUUCAAAGAGAUAAGAUUUGUACAUAACACAUAGGUGUGGAGACAUUGCCAUGGGCAAGUCACUGAACCCGUAAGUAUCAACUUCCUUAUCGGCAAGAUAAGGGUUUGGAGAAGACCCCCCAUAAGAGGUCUCCUUCCAGCUCCUGGAAGGGCGUGUAACCCCAGGUUUGGAUUAUCACUGCUUGUGUCCCCCCACCCCCCGUUCAUAUGUGGAAGCCCUAACCUACAGCAUGAUGGUGUUUGGACGUGGGAUCCCUGGGGGUAACUGGGUCUAGAUGAGGUCAUGAGGGUGAAGCCUCCUGACGGGAUCAGUGUUCUGAUAAGAAGAGGAAGACACGCCAGAGGGCUCUCUCUCUCUCCGACACACACACACACACACACACACACACACACACACACACAUGCACUCUCGGUCAUGUGAGAGGUCAGCUGUCUGCAAGCCUAGAAGAGAGAACUCACCAAGAACCUAAUCUGCAGGAACCUUGAUCUUGGGCUUCCAGCCUUCAGAACUGUAAGAAAAUACAUUUCUAUGAUUGAAG